GCUUGCCACCAGAAGUUGCGGGGUGCUUUAUCCCUGGAGGUUUUUUAAGAAGAACCAUUUGUCUGGAAUAAGUAUAUAGGGAUUCCUGCUUGGGCAGCAAGAUUGAAGAUGCCGAAAAAAAUACGGCAUCCUUCAUUUAAUUCUCCAGGGAAAGAUUGAAGGCAAACAAGGUCCAGGCAGAAGAAGGACAUCAUGGCUUUCAAAAUCUUAAGGGACUAGUUUGGACAAAAAUCAAUCAGAAUAGAGUUGGAAGGGACCUUGUAGGUCAUCUAGUCCAACCCCGUCAAUGGAUUUUUUUCGUGCAGCUGUUGAUAAAAAUUGGAUCUCCAACAUCCGAUGACGGAUAUGGUGCAAGAAGAAGCUUGGGCAAGGGGUUGGACUAGAUGACCUACCAAGGCCCCUUCCAACUUUAUCCCGAUUUUGUCUCAACUUCCAAUCUCUGUCAGGGAAUAAAUUAAAAUUUGGUCGGGGGGGGGAACAGAAAGAGAGGAGUGGAGGGAGAGAAGGAGAUAAGAAAGCAAUUAUAGGGAACUUGAGAAGGACGCCUGAUCUCAAAGGGCGAGACCAAAUUGCUAUUUUCUUCUUUUUAUAAGCGAGUCCCAAAGAGUUCAUCCAAAGAGCAAAACUUUAGGUCGAAAUCUUUUUUUGUUUGUUUGUUUCUCUUCGAGAUCAUUGCCAACCAAUGAUCCUUGAUUUCCACCCUCUGAAGGCUGUAAAGGACAGCCGGUCCCCUAAUCCUUUAUGCCCUUCUGUCCUUCGAUCGGCUGUUCGAGCCCAGCUCGGUUGACGUGCCCGCAGCUGUCGCCCGGUGUCAUUUUUAAUGUGAUGGGUUUUACCCCCCUCUCUCCUCUCCUUCUCGUCGACUUUUCUCUUUUCUCCUUCGUUCCUCACCGUCGCCGCCACCGGGACUUCCUUCAGGUGGGCUGAUCCGAGGGGAGGGGAUGGCAGAAGGACGGGUCGCCAAAAGGCCCUUCUCGCUGCUGGCCACAGGCGCGGGGUGGGCCCAAGCCCUCGGCCAGGCGCUGGUGGUUUUCUGGAGCAACCAGUACGCUUGGCUUCUCGGGGUGCCGGGCCUCCGUCGCGCUUACCAUCUGUGGCUGGCGUCCGUGGUCAUUUUUGGACCCCUGCUUCAGUUCUACGUCAAUCCCCGGGCUAUCUUUGCCAAUCAUCACAACUUCUUUAACAUAAAAUUUGUCCGAUCUGCCUGGGGCUGGACCUGCAUUUUCCUCGGCGGUUUCAUCCUCCCGGUCGUCUACCUGGCCACCCACCAGAUCCUGCUCACCUUCCGUCACCUGGCCCGCUUGGCGGUGGGCGCCGGCCUCUGGCUAGGCGCCACCGAAGCCUUCCUGUUGAUCGAGAACCUAACCGGCUACUGCUUCGACCCCGUGCCGGAAGGGAUCCUGGUCAACGGCCUACCGGACAAGUGGACGUGUCUCCACAAAGGCCACAAGUGGCACGGCUACGAUGUCUCGGAUCAUACUUUCCUGCUCACCUUUUGUUGCCUGCUGAUGGUGGAAGAGACGGCCAUCUUCCGGCGUUACCUGGCACAGGGUCACCCCGCCGGAGUGCCGCUGCGCCUCAUUUUCCUGCUUAACGUCCUCCUCCUCCUCCUCUGGAACUUCCUGCUGGCGUGCACGGUGGUUUACCUGUACGACUACAGCCACAAAGUCGUGGGAGCCGCCAUCGCCACCCUGUGCUGGUUUCUCACCUACCGGUGCUGGUACCGCUGCCCGUGUUCCCCGGGGAGACCCGGCGCCGGCCUCUUUCUCCGGGGAACCCCGAAAGAAGCCACGAGGCAGAACUGAACACGUCUGCCGAAAGUCGGGGGGCUCCGUCAGUUGGCCCAAAUAAAGAGAGGACUCUUUCCAAAA